CGCCCCCUCUUCCCUUACAAAGAAACCAUGAAGCCAGUAUACACAGCGAUUGCUAUAGAUGAUAGACCAUACCACCCUUACCAAGAUGGAUCUCAGUCAACAACGAAACAAGUGAAGAUAUGGGAAGCAGAUUUUGAGGAGUCCGAUCUUACGUAUACAGAGGAAAACCAACGCUGGAGAUGGUUCCCUUGGUUUCUACACAGUCUUCUGCUGGUAAUCUCGCUCGUCGCCGGCUUUGGCAUGUCGAAGAUAAGUCAUGACCCAAGUUGCCUUAAUGAACACUCGGACGCUUUGCUGAAUCCACAGCGACAGCCGUUCCGAAUGCGCUUCGAUGGAAGUUUUCGGGGCUCUUCUCCUUACAAAGGACCCCCUUCACCGGCUGUUGACAAAGCGUGGGACGAGCUCAUAAACAUAAGAUUGAUGUCGAUCCCAGAAUCAGUAUUCGUGACACUGAAUGCAUCCCAGCAUUCAUUCAAACUCGAUCCCGAGUUUGGCGGUGGACGCCUCGCCAUUUUCGAUACCAUGCAUAUGCUGCAUUGCGUACGCUCUUUGUGGAAGCUCGCGUACCCAGAAUACUAUGGCGACAAUGGUGGCAACAAUACCUCCGAACGGACUGACGGAUCUCGGCGGGAAUUCUUGAAUCAUGCCGAUCACUGCGCCGACAUGCUCCGACAGAAGCUCAUGUGCGAUGCCAGCAGCGCAAUUGUAACGUACAAUUGGGUUGAAAAUCAUCAUCACCCACACCCCAACUUUAACGUGGAGCAUACAUGCAGGAGCUAUGAACAGCUAGCGGCCACGGUGGAUAAGUACGCCGUGAAGAAUCUGCCACCAAAUGGAUUUUUCAGACCAAGGAAGGGAGCGGUGGUUGAAUUUGCUGAGCCGCCGUUUGAUCCGCAGGCAGUAGGUAGAAUGUCCGUUGGGGAAACGAAGCAUCGCAAGUAG